AUGGAUAUAUUUCUUCAUGAUCUCAAUGAAGCAUACAGCACAGGUCAACUUAUAACAGAUGAAAAUAUUCCUAUGCGUUACCUUGAUUAUGCUGCCAUUGAGAAACAACUACCAAUGGCAGCUGCAAGUACGUUCUGGCAUGAAGCACUCCGCGAAUAUAAAAUCGAUCAUUUUUUAUCCAUACCAUUCGAUCGACAUCGUCUUUCUGAAGAGAAUCGAACUGGUCGCGGAACAUCGGUCUGUUUCGACUUUGGAGAAGACCUUUCUCAGGCUUUUAUUGCAUAUUCAUCAUCAUAUGAUAUAACAGUUGAACAAUUAGCACUUGCUAGUUAUUAUGCUUUUUUGUUCAAAUUGACAAAUGGAGAAAGUGAUUUAUGCGUCGGAAUGAAUGUACAUGGAAGAUAUAGAGAAGAAUUGAUGUCAGUGAUCGGAAUGUUUGUCAAUGCUAUUCCUUUGCGAUGUCAAUUGAAUGUUCAUUGGUCUUUUUCUCAACUAAUCGAUCAUGUAAAAGAAAUUAUGACAAAUAGUUUACAGUAUUCUUAUUUUCCUCUUCAACGAAUUCUUGCUCAACAUCCACAAACUACCAAACCUGCAUUUCUCGAAACAUCAUUCGAAUUUCAAUCAUAUACUUCUGAAAAUAGAAAAAAGCAAGUAAUGAUUGGAAAUACUCGACUUCUUGCUGCUCCUAUUUCAAUCAAGAUUGAUGAUAAUGAUGUAAUGACCAAAUUCGAUUUUGCUCUUAAUAUUGAACACGAUUUAAAUAAUGAUCAACUUUCAUACACAAUCAAUGCAUCACUCGACUUAUUUGAUAGAAUUACAGUCAAUAAAAUAGCUCAACGAUUUCAUUUCAUGUUAGAACAAAUCUUCAACAUCAAAUAUAUUCAGAUGAAGAAACCA